CAGGAGGACUGCAACACGCGAUGGUGGGUCACUUGUGCAGCCGGAAGUUGUGGUAUCCUUGGUAACGGGAGUAAGGUGACGCUGUGCACUGGCAGAGUUAAUAGAAGAAUAUAUUACUCUACAGAAUAGCACAAUGUCUCGAAAAGCCCUCAAAGUGCUGGUGGAAAUAAAUAUUCGGGGGGUGUCAUGUCCUGGAGUUCGUCUCAUGGCGUGUGAAGACAUCUACCUCAGUGUGUGCUUCAUGGGACAGUUCAGACAGACCCAGUGCCUCCCAGCUGUGUUCCCUCUGCUGUUUCACGAAAAGAUGACUUUUGAAAAGAUUUUCAGAUAUGCAGUUGACCCUGGAGAUAUUGCAGUGAUGCUUGAAUAUGAGACAGUCCGAACUGAACUUAUGCAACUCAUACCACCAGUGGGAAUGACUUUGGCCUACUACACAAAUGAUGCUCGCAGAUUCCUCUUCCCAGAACCAAAACUAGUUCCUCCAUUUUCUGGAACUGAGCAGGAGAUUUUGAUGACACGAUCACAGAAUUUUCCUGGUAUUAUUUGUCCAAGAUUGGAAUUCUCAACUGCAACAACCAUCUUUGAGUGUGCAGUGAAUGCAGAAAUCAUUGAUUACCCAAAUGUACCCUUGAGGCCAUUUAUGAGGCGGCCAAGGCGCUGUAGCUGUCCCAGGAUCUCCUCCCCUCAAAGAAGGCCUUGCAGUGUGGGCAGAAGAAGAAGUGCCAGGGAGGACCAGGGCAUAUCCAGGGCCCGCUCCGUGUCUCCUGUGAGGGGCAGCAAUAACCAACGCCUAGCCCAUCUCAGCCUGGACUCAGACCAGGAUCCAGCCAGCAGUCCACAGCAUGGGCUGUCCUCAAGGGCUGGAGCCAGAUCUGCAUCACCCCAUCUGACAUCAAGACUCGCCAGUCUAACAGUGAGCAGGUCUCCCUCUACAGUGAGAUUUGCAUCACCAGAUCCCAGACAGUCCUUUUCUAAUGGUCAGGUUGAGGAGGCAGCCUAUGGGGACCUAAAUCUACAAGAUUCAUUCCAGAGCAUUGACCUUUCACCUCCUCUCCUGUCUGCUACAUCUAGAAGAUCUGCGUCAAGUUCUCACAUAAUGUGGGAGGAGGUCCAAGGGCGUGUGCGUGGUCUUCUCACUACCCCUAAAGCUGUACACCGACUUGCCUAUGGAGUCACAAAUGUGGAAGUAGAUGAAGUUUUGGCAAGAAGAUCGAUCUCUCCUGGUCUGCCAACAUAG